AUGGCAGAGGACGACGAGUGGACCACCAAGGCGAACGACGUCUUCAACAUCUCUCUCGUCACCAAGUCAGAACAAGGUCCCCCAAAGACCCUCGACAGCUUCCAGCCGAAAUGGACCUACCCGAUCUACGAGGAAGAGGAGAUCUAUGGAUACAAGGGAGUGAAGAUCAACCUUCGAUUCAAUGCAUCCGACAUGCGCCCGCAUUUCUCGUACACAAAGGGCAAGGAGGUCCCACUAGGCUUGGCCGACAAGGAGCCAACUGAGAUCAAGGAGUCAAUCGAGCAGUUUCUGCCAAAUGUUGCCUUUGCGAAGAAGGCAGACUUUGAGGAAUACGUCCAGAGCACACCAGAUGACUGGAAACCACCAGGAACUCUCAUCUCGUCAGUUGAGGGCAAACAAGAGACUUACGAGAUCUGGAAGGGCAGCCUCGCCGACCCGGCCGUCUUGCAACUGGUGAAGAGGAUCCAGAUACUGGUGUCCUUGUUCAUCGAGGGAGGAACGCCGAUACACACCGAGAGCACCGACGAGUACGAGCAGGAUCCUCUUGAGCGCUGGACAGUCUUUUUCUUGUACCAGAAGCGACCGAUCCAGAGCCAGCCGGGCCGGUCCUCGUAUGUGUUCGCCGGCUACUCGACCGUCUACCGACUCUACGCGUUGCAGCCACAAGACAUCGCCACCGCACUGAGCACGGGCGAAUUUGAGCUCCCAGCCCAGAAUGCCUUCACAGACUUCCCUUGUCGGUCAAGGAUAUCUCAGUUCAUCAUCCUGCCGCCCUUCGCCAAGAAGGGCAACGGCAUGCGGCUCUACAGGCAAAUCUACAAGACACUGCUGGACGACCCCAAGACGUUCGAGAUCACUGUUGAAGACCCCAACGAGGAUUUCGACGUUGUCAGAGACAUGGCCGAUCUUUUGUUCCUCCGCGAACAGGCCGACUUCAAGCAGGCGGUCCAGAUCAACACCAAAGUCGCUAUUCCAAAGAAAGGAGCUAUGCCAAAAGACAUUGUUGAUCAGAAGGCUCUUGAGGCGUUGCGAACCAAGUACAAGAUCGCCACUCGACAAUUCAACCGACUCGUCGAGCUGACCUGCUUCUUCAAGCUGCCAGACUCUGUCCGCCCGACUCUGGACAUAGAGGCAGCUGGCUCCAAGAACAAGAAGUCAACAAGGGCAGAGGAUCAUGAGUACAGCCUGUGGAAGCUGCUGACCAAGUCUCGGAUCUACACGCAGAACCGGGAGAUCCUCAGCCAGCUGGAGCCAGACGAGCGCAUAGCCAAGCUGGACGAGACCGUGUUCGCCGUCGAGCUCGAGUAUGCCCUGUUGUUGGCUCGCUACAAGACGAGACAGGCGCUGCAGGCCGAGGAGCAGACGGGCGGAACGAAGAGAAAGUUGGACGAAACGGAUGAGUCGCCGAGUGGCAAGAAGCCUAAGAUGGAGAAUGCCUAA